AUGUCGAACGCCGACGGUAGCCUUGACAUCGACAUGUUCUUGGUUCGAUUGAACAAGAGCAUACCGGAACCGGUCGCAAAAUGGAUGACAUUUGUACUUCCGGUGCUGUCUUUAAUUUCUCUGAUGAGCACAAUUGUCAUGGUUAUUAUAUUUCGGCGCCAAAAGAAUUACACGGGACUGCAGAGGAUUGUGUCUUGUAUCUUGGUCCUGACAACGCUUUGUCUUGCUGUCCGUAUCCCAUUAAGUAUAAUACUUUUAGGAAACGAUGGUCUCUACACUGAUUACCUGGAAUACAAAUGGUGCGAGGUAUUCACCCGACUAAACGUUGAUACCCCGACAGUCAUAAACAUUAUCAAUGCCUUACUCAAGGUUGGUCUUGCUGUACAAGGACUUAUCAUGAUGUUCGCUCCGAAAAAAGCCAAAGUGCUGAUGACCUCCCGUAAAACUAUAUGGUUCUGUUUUUUUACCUGUAUUGUGGGCGUUUGUGUGUAUAUACCAGCCAUGUACCUAAUUACAUUUCUGCCUGUUCCGUGGACUUCUAAAUAUCGGCCGGAUACCGAACGAGAGUGUUGUGUACCUUUCCCAGGCGACCACGUAAUAAACAUCGAGUUUUAUCAGAGGGAUGCUUACCUUGGUAUUCUGUGUGUUGCACAUGCGUUUCCUAUUGCAACCAUGCUGUCUGUAGGCGUUAUUCUAACUGUCCGCCUGUACAUGUUGAAGCGGACGAGUCAGACAGACGACGCCGUGGAACAGAAAGAACACAUUCGCGCUAUAUCCUUGUGUAUGUUUGUUUUCCCAGGUCUGGACUUGCCAACAGCUAUCCAAAUCCUACUGAUCACCCUAACCUACGGUCUCGUGGACAUCGGCGUGGACAUCAACACAACCCAGGAUAUUGUUAGCUACUUCGGAUUAGUUGAAACGAUCUGUUCUGCGUUUGUUCCUGUCAUUACUCUUUUCAUCUUCUGCUUGUGUGACACCCGGAUCAGAACCACGUUUAUGCAGCUCCUCCGACGACGAAAUACUUGA